CGAUCCUUCCCGUCCUGUUGACAACCUUCGUUCUGUUCAUCGUUCGCGGCAACAGCAACAUCGCAACCGCCAACGGACAGUCUUUGUCGAUAGCGAACCUUCAGUGCCGUCACCGUCGUCCCUUCGAAACGGGCAUCUAGGCUCCUCACCGCGGUCUCCUCUCCUCCGAGUUUCUUUGCCUCGCGGUUUGGGAUGGAUAUAAUCUCGCAACACUCGCCUCCUGUCACUACGCUUUCGAAUACAUCAGCUUCCAUUCUCCCACCGAGUGGUCCAAAAGAACGCCUUCAGCAUCAAGCUUCUCUUCCUGUUUCGGCUUUUCGUAGUUCUUCUUUCCCAGCCUUGACGCCACGGCUCAGCGGCUCAAAUCCCAGCCUUCUCCUUGGCAUCCACUCGCACAGUUCUAGAAUAAACAACAACAGUGGGCCCAUAAGGUCACCGAGCGGCUCUUCAUCUUAUACCAGCUCAACUCCGCAAUCGCCAAAAGCAAGUGCUUUGGCCGACACCCGCGGAAGAGUGAGGAGCAACAGUAGUAUUAGCACAGCUACGAAAUCCAAAUCCAGCGAUUCACCGAUAAUGGGAAGCACUGCAGUUCCCAUCAACGGCGCGCCUGACGUUGCGGCCGAGCAGGAGUUGCGGCAAAGGAAGACUUCUUGGGCGGAAGUUGCUAAAAGCGGGGCGGCGAACGAAUUGAAGGAGGUGAAUGGAGCGCGGAAUGGAACGCUGACGAACGGAAUAUCGAAGACCGCUCCGUCAAAAACAAUUUCAGCGCAUUCUCCAUCACGGCGAGUAGCACAACCUUCGAAAGUUCCCGUUUCGACCCCUUCCACUGUGAUUGCUUCCGCGCCCCGGAAACAGCUGAAAAUGGACCCAUUAGUUCAAGUCCUGAUACUGCGGCGCAUGUUACUGCUCACCGAUGGCCGCGACAAAGUCAUGAAAGUCAUUCAAUACGGACUAAAAGCAGCCAUGUGGGCAGAACUGCUGACGGCAAAGAAGCAACCGGCGAUGCACGCGAGAGCAUCGAAAAUCGUCUCGAACUUCUCGACAGCACGUAAAAUCAUCCGCCUGCUCUACUGGCUGAACUCGCUUGACGAGCUGAUCGACCUGAACAAAACGUCAGCUGCCGAUUUGGUGAAAAUGACGCCAAAUGAGCGACUACGCCACAAUCUAUCCAUGUUCAACGCCAUCGUCGGCAUCGUCAACGGGUGGGCGGACGAUGUGGUCGUCGCAGGCAAGCUAGGCCUCAUCGAAAAGCCGCUUUAUAAUCGAGCGACAAUACUCUCAGAUCGCCUGUGGUACGUCACCAUCUUCUUCGACCUCUAUGAGAACAUCCAAGCCGGCAGAGUGCUCAGCAAGAAGGUGCUGGACGCACAACGACAGUACGUCAAAGCAGACGGGGACGUGGACGAUAUUGGCGUUCUAGACAAAAAGCGAACAGAGCUUCUGAACAAGCAGUACAUGCACAGAAUAUCGCUAGUGAAGUUGGUAGCCGAUUUCACCUUCUGUACGGUAGACGUGUUCCAGUUGGGUGAGCGGGGAUUGAGCGAUGGAUGGCAGGCGUUGUCGGGAUUGACUUCGGCGCUGUUGGGGACCUAUAAGGUGUGGGUCAAGCAUCGAUAGCACGGUAGCUUUGUGGACUGGUUCUCUUUGAGUCUUCACCGUACGAUAUGCUUUGCUUAGAUAGCAGUUUUGGAUGUCAUCAUAGAAGUUUGCGAUAAAAUCAUUUUCAUCAGACA